UUUACGGCAGAAUUUGACAGCCAGCGGGCGGGGAAAUUGUAAACAGAGCUCGUUGUCCUGCAGUUGGAAGUCAUUGUCGCUGCCCACUGAAGGUUUUAGUUUUACUAGCAGUAUUUUCAAGAGUUGUCGUUUUUUCUUGUCAGCUUUGCAAUAUAAUUGAUCUGAGGGAAAGUGUCACCCGGUAAACAUUUUAAACUCUUGUUAUCCCUUUGGAGAGUGGACUGUAUCUUAAGCAGAGCAGCUCAGCUAACAUGCUAACAGAGUGGAGAGCCUGGAGGACUGGCUGUUUCAGGUGAGAGCAGCCAGGUAUGCUAGUGUACCUUCUUGGGAGAUCUUUGCUUCGUUCGGGACUACAGCGGCUCGGCGUCCAGCGGAGGUUUCUGUGUGUUUGUCCGGACACAGAGCAGCAGCAGCAGCCGGCAGACAUGAUGAACCGGAGCCGGGCUCAGAUCAGGAGGGUCCUCUGUGUGGCCGAGAAGAACGACGCGGCCAAAGGCAUCGCUGAGAUCAUGUCUCACGGCAGGUCCAGGAGGGUCAGUUAUCUAUCUACGAUCUGACAGAUGUGCUGAAAUAAGUGUCUUUCUUUUACAUGAAUAAAACAGCAGUUUUAGCCACGACGUGUAAUACAAGGACACUACAAGAGUGAUCAAGAAACAGUUUGUCUCAUAGUCAGUGAAUCCCAUAUGAAUAUAAAUAUAUAUGAUCAUUGUAAAUAUAAUGACAGCCUAGGGAGAAGGAACAUCCAUCCAACCAAGUAGAUCAGAAACAGGACCUAUUUUCAGAGAACCUGAGGACAAAGCUGAAAAACAGUACUUAAUUAUUGGUCAUGAUCUUUAGACCCUCAGGCCACAUCUGUAUUAAAAUCACCACACAUAACUUUGAAUCACUCCAGAAACCAUUAUCUGUGACCGUAGUUUGUCACUGCAUAAGUAAAUGUAAGUUAAAAUUGUACCUCGUAUAAACCUGAUCCAUAACUGACUUUGAUUUUCCUCCAAACCACAUUCUACAUGUAUUCAAACAGCAAGGCUAGUUUGUCUCAAUCGUUUUUUUUCAUCCAUUCGUUGUGUCUGCCACUAAAGAUGAUGAAACAACAGCAUGGCUCGAUAAAAGGGUCUGGUUGCUGAAUUGAACCGCCAGAACCCAUUAAAAAGAUUUAGUGCAUCAUGAAAAAGGGGACCCUGAACUCCUGAGUAACUGAAAUCCUUAGUCAGGCACAAAUGGGAUAAAAUGUAACUCUAGAAAGUUAGAGUGCUGUUACCAGAAUAGGUGAUGCAACACGAUGGCAAUCAUUUCUCUAAAUUUAGAGUGAGCACAUACUUUUCCUAAAACAAACACAGACAUAUGUUGUCUUUGCUCUCAUUUCAAUUAAACAUUGGCUAUGUAUGAUUUACAAACCAUCGAAUUCUGCUGUAUUUAUCAGCAGUUUUGUUCAUGUUGCUACUGUAUUAAGACUUGAUUUUAUUUGCUGUCGUAACCUUUAUUUUCUUCCUAUCUUAUUUUUCAUUUCAGAGGGAAGGAAUGUCCAAGUUCAAUAAAAUCUACGAGUAUGAUUAUCAUCUCUUUGGUCAGGUAAGAGAGAAGAGUGAAAUAAUUAUUACAUGUAUCAUGCACCUUUACUUUAUGUCUGCAGGUUUGUGUUUAAUUGUAUGAGCUGUCUCUUUGGUUUCAUUGUGUCUAAAUUCUGCCACAGGAUGUGAUGGUAACGAUGACGUCAGUCUCUGGACAUUUGCUGGGUCUGGAGUUUAAAGCACCUUUUCAGAAAUGGUAAGUUUAGAUAGUAUCUGUCAUUUCUGAGAGUUCAUUAUCAAACAGUAUUACAACUUUUUGUGUUUGAAUCUUUUCUAUUCAGGCACAGUUGCAAUCCUGUGUUGCUCUUUGAUGCUGAGGUGGAGAAGUACUGUCCAGAUAACAUGGUACAAAUCAAGGUAAACAAAACAACGUAAAUACAGCGCACAAAUAAAAAGCCAUCUCUUGUUUUUUGCGGUGGUCAGCUGCUCCACAUGUUACGAGCAGCUACUACAAAGGCUCAGUCACCCCUGGUUUUCUGGCGAGUUUAAAGCUCAUCAGGCAGCAGCUGAUUGGUUGACCUCGGAGCUCCAGCUGGAGUGAAAACAUGAAGAGGAGGUGCCAAUCCAUUAAGGACCUUAAAGGUCAAAACCAAAAUGUUAAAAUCGAUCCUGUAAUGGACUGUAGGCUGGGGAAAGAGUGCUACACAGAUGUAAUGCGGUCCCUCUUUUUCUUACUAGUGAGAAGUUGAGCAGCAGCAUUUGGAACGAGCUGCAGGCUGAAUGGAUGACUGAUCCAAUUUUCUGUUUUCAUUUUGCUCUAAAAACUAGUGCGCAGCAAAAACUCCUCAUUUUAUCAAGCUAGAAUAGGAUCGACCAUUUGAUGAAACUGGUUUCCUCUUUAUCUCUCGGCAGUGGGAGGUUUUGCUUGUGAUUUAAAGGAAACAAUGAUGAAUAAGAAUGAUCUAAGUGGUCUUAAAGAAUCUUUUUGAUAUCCUCACUCUUCUUUCAACUCCUCUCUCUCUCUCCCACCUCCACCCUCCUCUGUCUUUGUAGCGUACCCUAGAGAAAGAGGUGAGGCAGUGCCAAGCCUUAGUCAUCUGGACUGAUUGUGACCGAGAGGGAGAAAACAUCGGCUUUGAAAUCAUUGAUGUCUGCAAAGCAGGUAUUAUAUGUGUGGGCUGUUUUUCUGGUUUAGUUGGUGAGGGUUAGUGAGAGUGCAUCUCCUUUUUUUUUUAAGGUAAUGAAAGGCCACUAUACAGUGAUCACAGAAUUACUCAGACUCGAGGUGAAGUUAAAAGCUUUCAACUGCAUAAUUACAGCUCAUUCAUGCUGUAUGUUAUAUCUCGCUUAAUUAAUCCAUUAAAAGUAGGUAAAUGAAAUGGAUGGUAUGUUUUAAAAAGGAAUAUUUACCAAACUUUUUGAUUCCUCCCAUUUCCAGUUUUAUGAUAAAGCAUGGGAUUAAAACUACCUGGCAACUUUUGAUAAAUUGUGAACUACCCCCAGGUCAGUGUUGGAAGGAGGACUCUGAGUAAACCAAGUCUGUAAUUUACUGGCAUGCUUGAUUGAAAACACGAAGGCGCUGCAUGACAUCUGCAUUGUCUCUGAGAGUUGCAUACAGCUCUACAGCUUCCCAGACAAAUUCAUUAAAAAAGGAGGAUAUCCACAUCUGUUAGAUUUCCACAAAGAUUGGAUAUUAACAGCUACAGCUACCCUCAUCAUUCAUUAAUUUCAUUGGUGAUCAGUAAAACGAAACACUGUAACAGUGAAUUAGUCUUUUACGCUAAAGAAAUUGUAAAGCCCAAAAUGCUGUCAACAACUUUUCUACAAUUUCCAACACAGCCUGAGUCAUCCCUGAGCAGACAAGGGAGAAAAAGUCAUGGAGGCUCAAAAUGACUGAAGUGGCGAUUCAGACUAGAUCAAAAUGAUCAGGGGAACUCUUUGUCUUAAAAUAUAGUAGGUGGUUUGCUCUGGAAUUUUUACUGAACAGAUUACAAACAUGGUCAAUUUACACAGGAUUAAAAAGACAGACGUCCUCUGCAACGACUACAAAUGAUCAGAGGUUCUCAGGUAGCACUAAUCCUAUGCGAUUAGUGCUUAAGCUAACAUGCUGUUGUCUGAGGAUUUGUAUUUAUAGACAUGAUCGUAGAGUAGAUAGAGUUGUCUACUCUCAUCCCAAAAGAAAUCAAACUUUUCCUUAAACGAUUUACGAUUUUUGUAUCCUUAGUAUUCACAUAAAUAAGCAUGUUGAAUAUCCACAGUGUCUGAAAUAGUGUAAAAAAGAUGUGGGUGGUAUGUAUGUUUGUAAUCGUAUAACUCCUGUCUGUGUUUUUGAACUCUUUAUUUAUCUUUUCCAGUGAAGCCAAAUCUACAAGUCUUCCGGGCAAAGUUUUCAGAGAUCACUCAGCGCUCCAUCAGCAGAGCUUGUGAGACUCUUAACGAGCCAGAUGCCAACAUCAGCGAUGCCGUUGAUGUCCGUCAGGAGCUGGACCUGCGGAUAGGUGAGGAAACACUCUAGAUUAACCAAAACAACUCGUCAAAUCAGGUAAUAACACAUCCCUUAUGAGUCAGGAGGCAGUGGCUUUCACAUUUCAAUUGAGGAUGAUGACCUUUUGACACUUGUGUUCAUCCACCAUCUCUUUCGUGAAUCUGCAGGAGCAUCCUUUACUCGUUUCCAGACGCUUCGCUUGCAGAAGAUCUUUCCAAACUCGCUUGCCAACCAGCUGAUCUCAUACGGCAGCUGCCAGUUUCCCACUCUGGGUUUUGUGGUGGAGCGUUUCAAAGCCAUCCAGGCUUUCAUCCCCGAGACUUUCUACAAGAUUAAAGGUACAAACUUAUGAAUCAGCAUUGGAUCUGUGUAUCUGUGCUUGCAUAAGUGAUUUUUAUUUGACUCUCCCUCUUUGUUCCUCGGGUCUCUUUUUGUUUCAGUGCUGCAUGAGACCGAGGAGGACACAGUGGAGUUCAGCUGGAAAAGAAACCGACUUUUCCACCACACAGCGUGCCUGGUGCUCUACCAGAUAUGCAUGGAGGUAAAGUGUCUAAUACUGAGAAGAACAAUACAAAAAUAAAUGUAUACAUUGUUUAGGCUUUAUUAGAGUGAUAUAAUAAGUUAAAGCAGACAAAAAAUUCCUCUGUAUUCAAAAAGACGGAUUCUUAACAUACAAAGUGGGUAAAAGGCUCUCAAGAACUGGCCACACAUGUUUGCUGUAAAGGUCAUAGCUCUGAGGAAAAACUAAAACAAAAACAAUAGUGAUAUUUUAAUUCACCCGCUGACAGUGAAAGUUCUAUUAGUGCAAUAAUUAUUUUAAAAACAUCACACAGUAGCAUUAAUACUUUGAUUAAAACUGGUUGAUUGAUCUUUCUCGAGACCCUAAGUUUAAAACCCUGUGUGGUCUCAGUUAUCAGAGCCAGGAACAGAGUCUAAUCUUAAUCCAUAACAGUCUGUCUGAAAAAAAAAAACCUUAUUUCUUCUUUGCACAGCUGACAAGCAUGUAAUUAUCACUUAGCUAGUUUUCACUGUUUCCCAAACAGUGUAAGAUGUGACAAAAAGGAGCCAAACUCGGGUCAGACAAACUCAGAACUGAAAGUCUCGGUACAGCAGAGCUCAAUCAACAAAAACAAGGUUUUCUUGUUUCUUUCUCUGUAAACAAAAUUAUAGGAACCAUAUCAAAUACAUCUCAUACUUAAAGGUCCAGGAUAUUCCUAAAGUAUGUACAAUGGAUCAAAUAACUAUAAAGGAUUUGUAAAGGUUCCCUUUUGGUGACAUACCCACAGAACCGUCCCUUAGGUCUUGCGUUCAUUUUAUCCUCUGUCUCCAAAUACCACCCAGCCUGCCUCCAUCAAUCAGAGCAGCUUUACCCUUUGUUUUCAUGUACCAAAAUAAAAUGCUCUGAACCAAAACAUAUAGCAUCAGAGGUGCAACGGUUUACAAAUCUCCGAGUUUGGCUCACAGAGAGACAGAAAAAAAACUGAGUAGGGAGAGAUUUAUUUCACACUGGUAAUACCUGCAUCUCAAGGCCCAACAAACUGUGACACAUCUCAGUGACAGAGCUUUAUGCUGAUGUUAUUUGACAAGGACACAUUUGUUUUGCAGCCCUGAUUAUGCAAAAGUUGGGACGCUGUGUGAAAUAAUACCAUCAACCUUUGUUAUUUUGUCCUUUAAAUGAAAUAUAGGUUUUGAAUGUUAUAGGUAUAGAUAAUAUGCAGUAAUAUACAGUCUCAAACCUGUUAAUUACUUAUAUUUUGAAUGCAUUUUCUCAUUUAAAAACUGUAACUUUAAAGUUUGGGCAAAUUCAAAUGUAAUUUCACAAUUUAUCAUUCAUUUUGAAAAUGUUGGACACUGUGUAAUCAAAAGUAGACAUGGGAAAAGAAAGCUAUCUAUCAGGCUAAUAUCAGAGGUAAACAUGCCCUGGUCCCAACUGUUAUGGAACAUGCUGCUGGCAUCAAAGUUUUACAAUUUAGCAUCCAACCUUUGCUAUGCAGUCUUUUUAAAUUAAAUAUAGGCUGUAAAGGAUUUGCAAACCUCAAAACUCUGUCUUAUCAACAUCUAACACAGCAAAGUUGCAGUUUUAUAUCUGUAGAAAAACUUGUCUUUUCUCAGUCAAAAGUUGUAACUUCACCAUCAGGGGAAGUUUUGGCAAAUUCCGAAGUGAUGUCACUUUGUUCACCUGUAAAAAAAAUCAUGUUGGUUUUUAUGGACAAAUUUUUCCCCUUUGGAUAAAAAGUACUAACUGACACAAACCAUUACCCUUUGAUUACAGCUGUGCUCUCCUCCCUGUGUUUUCCUCUGGGUAUCUUGACUACUGCGAUAAAAUAAAGGCAAAAUGCUCCUGCUGAACAUGUCCGAAUGUACUAGUGCUGAAACACAAUCCUGUCCACACUCCAAUGUGUUUUUAUUUUUUUUCAGGACAAAUAGGAUUUAUUUAAUAUAGAUGCAAAAAUAUUCUGAUUGUUGGUGCUGCCCACCUGGGGAAACAGAAUGAAGCGUGUGUGGGUGUUCUUAUAUGUGUGUUUGUGCGUGUCUCUGUUUCUGCUCUUGGUGUGUGUGUGUGUGUGUGUGUGUGUGUGUGUGUGUGUGUGUGUGUGUGUGUGUGUGUGUGUGUGUGUGUGUGUGUGUGUGUGUGUGUGUGUGUGUGUGUGUGUUUAACUUCUCCUUCAGCCUCUGGAGCACACAGCCGUUAAUGUGAAUAUGUUGUCGAAUAAACUGGGCUUAAAUCCACGUGUAGAAAAGAACACAUGAGAACAUCUUUUCAUUCAUUUCCAGGAUCCCAUGGCAACAGUCACCUCAGUAACCAGCAAACCCAAGAGCAAGUGGAGACCGCUGCCUUUGGACACAGUGGUAAGAACACAAAGUCAAACAGAGGAGCUCAUGCAUAUGCUACACCCUCAAGCACAUUUCCCCCGUCAGUGUAUCUUUGUGUCUUAACACCCUCUGCUUUGCCCCAAAACAAACACUCCUCUGUCUUUUACAGGAACUGGAGAAACUUGCGUCUCGGAAGCUAAGAAUAAAUGCCAAAGAAACCAUGAAAAUCGCAGAAAAGCUCUACACCCAAGGGUAAGUGUAUGCUUAGUUAGGGGAUAAGCGAUAUCUACCACCGGGAGGCGAUCCUUUAAAAGUUCUUAUUCUUAUUUUGUUUGACUUUACUUUCAAAUUCAGUUUAGUUUCAAUCAGUUUAAUGUUUGUUUGUUAGUUUCAGGUUAGUUUUUGUGAGUGUUAGUUUUAGUUUUUUGUAAUAUGGGUAAAUUUUUAAGAUCCAAAAUGACCUAGAUAAUAAACUUAAAACAUCAAAUCAUUUUAAAUGUGUAUUUGAACUUAACUGUAGCAAAUCAAAUUAAAUACAGAUACUGUAAUAUUACAUUGGUGAUCUACCCUGGUAACUAAGAUGUUAUCCAAUGUGGUUGAAGAUUUAUCCCUGUAGUUGUCUCAAAGACCACAGUUCCUGCUUUGAAGUAUUCCCCCAAAAUAUUUUUUGAUAAUUUCUAUACAAAUAAAGUUAUUAUUAUUAUAACAAGUCUAAAGUUUGGCCAAAACAGAAAAGUGGAAGGUAAAAAGUCAGGUUUUGUCAGGUCUAUCCUCAGGAGAAGAAAAAGUUAGGAACUUUAAGUACUGUCACGACUUAUUGACUCAGCAUCUUAGUGUUUAUGUUUCUUGUAAAACAGAUUGUUCUUCCAUUUUUUGAGACUGGUAAAUCGUUGUCAGAUUACUAGAUGUUAUUAUAGCAGACUUGUUCUGCCUCUCUGCACAGACUUUACAUUUUAUAUGUCGAAUCUGUGAGAAGAGAAGAGGGAAUGUGUACCGCCAGUGUGGCCUUGGUGACAACGUAUGCAGAAUUUCUUUUCUUUGUAUCCUCUCUUUGGUUUGAUGCCGCCUUAUAUCAACUUUAUGAAGCAGUCGGUUGUAUAUUUUGUGUACUGGGUUUUAACACCACCGCAGAGUCCAAGUGGUGUCAGUUGACAGCUUGAGUUUUCCAGAGCUCUCUGAGUUUUUCGGUUUGAAGAUAACUUUGUGAUUUUCGUCUCAGGUUUAUCAGCUACCCCCGUACAGAGACCAACAUUUUCCCCAAAAACCUGCCUCUUGCCCCACUGGUGGAGCAGCAGACACAGAGCCAAAUCUGGGGGGAGUUCGCUCAGCGGGUGAUGGACCAACCUGGAGGUCCAAACCCACGGCAGGGCAAGAAGUCUGACCAAGCCCAUCCCCCCAUACACCCCACCAAGUACAAUGGCAAUCUGCAGGUGUGGAGAGAGUGGAGAUCAAUACGCUAGUUUUGUCUUCUUGAUGGUCGUGUUUAGAAAGUAGAACUUGCAAAUGCUCUCACACUGAACUGUUGUUUCAAAACUCUGCCAUAAAGAAAUAUACUUGCCAAAUGAUAAAUAAAAAGAAAAAAUGAGGAACUGAUGAUCUUCUCUCUGCAUGCAUAUCCCUCUCAAUAUCCUCUAUUUUCAGGGCAAUGAAGGGCGUGUAUAUGAGUUCAUCGUCAGACACUUCUUGGCUUGUGUAUCCCAGGAUGCUCAGGGCCAGGAGACUGUGGUGGACAUAGACAUUGCUCAGGAAAAGUUCAGCGCUUCAGGACUCAUGAUCAUCGCGAGGAACUACCUGGACGUUUACCCGUAUGACAGGUGGAGCACUAAGGUAUGGAGCGCGCUCAUAAAAGACUAUGACCUUUGAGAUCUCACUGUAGAUGUAUUUGCUCUCGUCUCAGUGGUUGACAGAUAUCCUCUUUAAACCUGCUGCUGUGUAUAUGUCAGGUGAUUCCAGUGUACCAGCAGGGCUCCCAAUUCCAGCCCUCUGCUAUUGAGAUGGUAGACGGACAGACGAGUGCUCCUCAGCUGCUCACAGAGGCCGACCUCAUCUCACUGAUGGAGAAGCACGGCAUCGGUACUUCACAGACACACACACACAGAUUGUGUUUGAACUUGGUAGUUAGUGUAGUCUCUCAGCUUUCACCUCAUGGUUAACACGGCCAAAUUCACACAUUUAAAAAACUUCAUAAACUAGACUGAUGAGCAUUUUUUUUAUCUGCAUCACCAGCCCUGUGUCCACAACUUUUUUUUAUUCUUUUAUUUUGACACUCCUGGUGUCUUCCAUCCAGGUCACUUUGUUUCCACUAGUGUUUAAACAUGCUUUUCGUCUGAAAUGAAGUAUAAAGUAAUUCUGGUAGAGUACAAGUUACCAAACUGAAUAAAAACAUCUAAAAUCCUUCAAAGUCUCUUAAAAUAUCAGCUAUCCCUUGAAAUUCAGUUCAGCCUAUGUUAGGUGAGUUUUCUGACACACUGGACAAAUGUGAGUCGGGCAGAAAGUUUUCAGACAAACAAGCUAGAAUUCUGAAAUCUGUCUGACGAGAUAAUCCCAUUUUCACUUCUCCAACUUCAUUUUCUCCACACAGUUGAUGAUGAAUUUUAUGAUGGAGAGAUUUCACCGAAUACAGCAGUUUGUUGUUGUAGUUUUACCUGCAGACUUCUAAAUCUAAGGAAGGUUGAUGUUACCUUGACUGAGACCUUUAGAAGUAUUCCAAGGUACAUGAAAGUGAUUGAGAAAUCCGAUUUCGUUGCGUUUCACAAGGCCACUACCUUGAAAGACUCAGAUUUCACUUCAAACUCGCUUCAGCAGGAAUGCUGUGAACCAAAAGAUUUUGACUUCUUGUUGAAAAUCAUCAAAAAAAAAAAAAAAAAAAAAGAAAAAUCAAAAUUUCUAGUAGAAAAUGUCUCCAAAGAAAAGAGAGUUUGAGGGAAAGGACUGUGUUUUCCAUGAUGUAACCCUCCGAUACUAGUCAUUUGAAAUCUCAAUGAAAAUGUCAGAGUUAUUCUUGAGGGUUUAAGAAAAUCGAACUGAAUACAGUUUUUUUUCUGAUGCAGAUUGAUCUGUUUGUCUUCCAGGAACUGAUGCGACCCAUGCGGACCACAUCGAGACCAUCAAGAGUCGCAUGUACGUCGGCCUGACCGCUGACCAGAGGUUCAUACCUGGAGAGCUGGGCAUGGGGCUGGUGGAGGGUGAGUGCAGACUCUGUACACCACAGUUUACACUGGUUUGAACUCACAGAGACUGAGCUGGGCUUGUAUUGAUGAUUCUGUAACUACAACUGGCACAGAUGUCUGUGGGAUUGUGGGGGAAGAUGGAUUUAACUGCAAAUUUUAAUGAAAAAAAAACAUCAAAGAGUAAAAACAAUCAUAUAAAUGUGCGUGUUCAGGGUAUAACUCCAUGGGCUAUGAGAUGUCCAAGCCAAACCUGCGAGCUGAACUGGAGGCUGAUCUAAAGCUGGUAUCAGAGGGCAGGAAAGACAAACAGAGCGUGCUGCUGCAUCACAUCCAAAAAUACAAGACCGUCUUCAUCGAGUCUGCCAAGAAAGCCAAGAAGUUAGUCACACUUACAGGAGUAGUAAAUAUUUUUAAUGCACCACUUGAAGCUAAAUGAGCAGAAUUGUAACACAGUCACUCUCUGUUGUUGUUGUUGUUCCAGGUUGGAUGAGGCUCUGGUUCCAUAUCUGGGUGCAGCUCAGGAGCUCCCUGAGGCUCAGCAGCAGGACAUGGAGAUCCCUCUGCCGGUCAGGAAGUGUCCUCACUGUGGGCGGGACAUGGUGCUAAAGAAGAAGAGGGAAGGGAACAGGUGAGACAGACACAACAAGUCCAAACGAGGAAACAUAGAGCUAUAAUUUAACUAGAAAGAAAGGAGUUUUUCCAGCCUUUUUUUACUUUUAAAACCCAUUUCUUUACUUCAUCUUCACUUUUCCUCCUGUUUCUGUCCAGCUGUUACACUUUUAGGUUUAUUUCUCUCAAAACAUUUACAUGUUUUCAGCCUGUUCACUCCAAAUCAACUACACUUCAUUUUUGAGACGAAGUUUCAUGUUUCAAUGUCUUCAAAGUCAUGUAGCAGCAUUAACUCUCAGAUUAAUGCUUCAACAUCCAUGUUAUCUAUGACUCUGACUGUCUAUGUCCUUUGUGUCUUAGUAAGUUCCUGACCUGUGUGGGCUACCCUGCCUGUAAAUCGGCCGUGUGGUUCCCUGACACUGUGCAGGAGGUCAGCAGAGACGACAGCAUCUGUCCAACCUGUCAGCCACAUCCUGUUCACAUGUAAGGCUUUCUCUCGAUUAAAACCUUUAAUUUGACAGAGCUGUACACUCCAAACUGUGCACUGUUAAAAACUUUAAUGCUGACGAGUCAGGAUAAACCUCACUAAAGAGGUUGCGUUGCACAGAGGAGGAUUUUACCUGCUGAUACUUCACUGAUAUUUAUUGUACAGAUUUGCCAUCACACCUGGCUGGCAUGUUAGUUUUCUGCUAUACAAUUGUAAACAGGACCAUCAGUGACAAGGUUGAUCAUUUCUUGUCAUUUAAGUUUGUAUUUAUUUGAAAUUACACACAGUAUCAAUACCACGAGUUACAAAGUAUUUAAAGGCUUGAAAUAAACUUACUCAGUAAAAAAGGAGAGCGACAGUAAAACAAACAAAAUCGAUAAUUACUUUGCAGAUACAUUCGUUCAGCCAGAUCUUCUCAGCCGUGCCAUGAGAAAGGAAACUGCUCCAUAACCUCUUAAAGAUCGAGUCAAGUUCACUUUGUUCAUAUGAAAUUAUUUCCAACAGAAGCUCCAUACAUUUUUUUAGAAUCUGGAGAGGAUGAACUUUUCCAUAAACUCAGGAUGACUCAGGUAACCGUGACAACCCCAUGGUGUAUCACUGCAGCAUCUGAUCCUCAGAUAGAUACAUAUAUUUUCCUGUAGUCCGAAAAAGGUUCUAUAAAACGUACAGUAGCUACUCUGUGUGUAAUACAGGGUAAAUCCAAAAACUCCAUCACUGCCCUCUUUUCCUCACUGAAUUGACCUUUAAUGACACAGUCUCUCAUUUGCAAGCACCUCCAAAAAUGUACAUUACUUUCAAGAUCACAUUUCUUAACAGCUCAGAGCUCAGAGAAAGACAUAAAAACUCCAUCCAGGUACAGGUCACUUGUUUGAGAAAUAUCUUUGUAAGAUAAGAUAUAAGAUUAGAAGAACUUUCAGAGCGAUUGAUUCUGAUAAAGAGUCUAUUUCCCAAAACCAAACAAGAGAGAUCAGUGCAUUUCUUCAAACUGUGAAUGUGGCAGUACUGGAUUUAAAAAGUCAUUGUGUGCACUUGUGAAGACAUGAUUACAGUUUUAUAUAGUAAGGUCUGAGUGCACUGCAGCCAGUAUUUGUCUAACAAAGUGAUUAACGUCAUGCUGCAGGAAAAGACAUUUUCCACUUCAAAGAAUCUCAGUGAUGCGACUGUUAGACAUACAGUGUGUGCAGAGGGAGAAAUAUGCUUUCAGACCUAAAACAUGUUUGACACCAGGCUGGAAAUAUGUUUAUUGUUCCUUAGGAUGGUCAACAUAAUAGGCAUGACAUUGGUAUCCACAGAUAUAAACAUCUCUGCUUAUAUUUAAAUGUCAGCUGAUGAAAUACAUGCGCAUGGCUGAUAGGUUAGGGAUAAUUAAUGUGCUUGUGAUGACAGUUCAAGCAUGCCAACGAAAAGCUUUAACAGACAGGCAUAUGGAAGCGUUUUGAAGUGUCCAAAAUGGGCUGCAGACUCAUCACUGAAUGUCUUUAUUCGAAGAAGAACGAUUUCAAUUUAUGUAGAGUCACAUUUUUCGUGUUUUAUUUCUGUUACAAAAAUAAAAAGACUGUCACAAUAAGGCGAAACAGAUCAGGUACAAUUGGGGAAAAAAAUUGUAUGUAUCGAUGUUGACAUUAGUAUUGGCAAAAAUGAGUUUGAGAUCGACAAACUGGACAUUGGCGAAUAAUCCAAUAUUGUACGUGCCUAACUCAGCUCUAAAGAUCGGCUGUUUUGAUUCUGUUACUUGUGUUUUCCGCCUUUAGUGGAAACUUGGGGUUUUUGGCUCUACAUCUCUAGCUUCAUUUCUUAAGACUCUAGUUCACGCACUUAGGAUCUCCACUUUAGUGGGAUCAUAGACUGUAUAUAAGAUGGACAGAGUCUGCCUCCUCGCUGGGUGAAGCCACUCUGAGAACAGCACCCUCUGAUGGUGGGCUGCAGUAUAGGUCAUAAAUCCCGCCUCCGCCAGCAAAGCUUAUGGGACUGUGGACAAAAUUUAGAAAUUUAUUACACAGAAUAUAAAUGUUUCUCCCCCCUGUUUGUGAUGUUGACAUGUAGUUAUUGUAAGACUGGUUUGUGCCCAAGUCCUUUUUUUUCUGUACAGCUCCGUUUUUAAAAGUUAUUAGGGGGUUCAUGUUUUCUAUGAUUGACACCUGGUACAGCCUAUGAGCGUUCAGGGAUUGCAUAGCUCACCUUGGGGAAUACACUGUUUGAGCCGAGUGUCAUCACAGGGACUCUCGGCGACUGCCUGGCCGCUACUGCGCAGCUCUGGUUUCAAGGAAGUGGAGAAAAACCCCGAAUUACCGAGAGCUUUUUGGCUUCAAAUCCGUAUACAGGCGGAAGGCGGAACCAGGUUGUCCAUCUUAUAUACAGUCUAUGGGUGGGAUUCCAAAAAUCUUUUCUGCAGUUCCAGCAUAUGACUAGAGGUGGUGCUGAAGAGAGCCAAUUGAGCUUCCCAAGAUUGCAACUUCAAGUACUGUAGUCCUAAAUAGCUGACCUUCGCUGAGUUACCCAACAAAGGCUCCUUUUUUUAGCUCCCUGUUGUCAGGUAUAAUAAUCCAGCAUGCAUGAUCUUAGAAAUUGGUUUGUUUUCACUGCGUCUGUGUUAUAAAUACUCUGUUUGUGAUCCUUCAGUCCUUUGCUUUUCAUAUUCUCCUUUCUGCACACUUCAGACACAUAGAGACAUGAAAACACCUAAAGACGUAGUCUUGUCAGUGGUCACUUCAACUCAGAGUAGAAUUUUUUCCCCUGAACACAAAGCUAACACAUCUCUGAUAAUUGAGAAGCAUCCGGAGGCGCUCUUUGCUGUUUGAACUCAUGAAAACACUCGACGAUAAAACUCUGUGUGUUUUCAGCGGUAUCAGAAACUUGUCAAAAUUCCUGUUUACACUUGUAGGCGUUAACCCCUCGGGCACGUGCCUCAGCUCAGUCCAAAUAUAGGCCAUGAGCACCAAGCCAAAGUGCUGCACACCAGCAUCUGUUACCAUAGCAACCAAUCUGGUACAGAGCUCAAAGUUGAGCUACAGCGCUCUCUUUAAAACUGUAUCACUUUUUUUUUAAAAUCAGGCUCACCCAGCAGUUUCAGAGUGUUAGAUAAGUGGAGAAGCUGUUUGUUCACAGCAGAUGUGUGCAGUAAUUAACUGUUUCCCACCGCUGCUGCAGAAGCACAGGGUUUAAUACAACUUUGUACUUACACACAGAUACACACACAUUUCUAUAAGGAGCGUGGACCUACAUGUUUUUACUAGCUGGUUUUAUGUCGCACACAUUUCAGGGACUCGGCUGUGAAAAAAAAGAGUUUUUGUAGUUUUUCAGGGUUUGGUUUUAAUACAGAGUUCACUUUUUUACAGAUCUGGUCACAGUUAGCUCGACAGCAUUCAGUGUGGUUUGAUCACUUUUCAUUGCCUUGACAAAAAAAAAUUUAUCCAAAAAAAAAAAAAAAAAAAAAACUCCUCUUCAAUAUUUCCUGGAUUUAAUUUCCCUUUAAAUCCACCCACAACCACAACUCACAAAGACUGGAAAACAAACCUUUUUGUCUUUCACACACUUCCAAACACUUUGACACUCUCAAAAAUGUCAUGAAAUGGAACAGAAAUGUUGUAAGGUAGACCUCUAUCUUCUACAUUCUUCUACAUUUACUGAAACAAAACUAAAAGAGUCAUGAACACUGACAGAAUUUAAUCAUGGCUUACAGAUAAUGUACUUUGAAAAGCCUCAACUUAUCCAACUGUGGGUGGACAAACAGGGGUUUAAAGCUCCAGUGAGGGGGUUUUAUCUGGUCACGCAGCAGUGAAAUUAAAAGGAUAUUCCGGCGUUAAAUUAAGUGAGGGUCAAACACACCGUAACACUGAGUAAGACACCCCCUCGAGAGAUGAAUGUUGGGACCCUAUAUGUACCGUUGAUGAAGUUAGGUGCUGUUCUGAGUAUUAUUUGUGGCUAUAGAGUGACGUUUUGGUUGAUCAUGUGGCUCUCUGAAUUGCUAUCGUGCGGUCGUUACUAAAGUUGGUAUAACUAGAGAAGCAAGCGGUCAGCAACAUUCAUCUCUCGACGGGGUGUCUAACUCAGUGUUACGGUGUGUUUGACCCUAACUUAAUUUUACGUCGGAAUAUCCCUUUAAUACAGAUGCUUCCUCAUGACCUCUAAAAGCAAAUCAGACUAUCUGGAGCAGGACAGGUGAUCUCUUCACACUUUUUAAUGAUGUUUAAUGCCUUAAACCCUCUACCACAGGAUUGGUGUUAGAUCCGCAAUAUGGUGCUAAAACAAUCUGAAAUUUGAUUUAAAAUUAGCAGAACUAUUCUUCCAUUUAUCAAUAAUGUUACUGCUUAAGGUGUCACAGCCCACUUACCUUUAUGCACCUUUGCAGUGGAAUGGACUUUAAGCAGUACAUCCACCAGACAGCACCGCUCAGACUCAAAAGUUACCCCAAAAAUGAAGAGAAGCCAAAAGUUUUUGGACAACAGUGAACUUGGUGAUGAUGGAAGAGUUUUAGUUAUACAUCUGUAUAUCAGGCUGUGACACCAUUUUAACACGACAACUAGGCCUGUCACGAUAACAAAUUUUGCUGGACGAUAAUUGUGCUACAAAUUAUUGCCGAUAAACGAUAUUAUUGACACCGUUUUUUUAAAUUAUAGAUAAUGAUAUCAAAUGGCAUAAAAAUGCGAGUACACCGUGUCAAAAGUGAUAAACUUUAAUUUUACCCACGACGAAGACGUAACGUUGACGAGCUAAACAAGUCGGAGAUGACUAAAAUGUGACGAGACGAAAGUGCGUUUACGUUGAUGGGACGAGACGAAAAUGACGAACAGAGUUGCAAAACUCAGUAAGUUAAACGCUAAACAUAUAGGAGCAGCUUCAGUCCGCUCUGACAGCUCUCAUCAGCCUGCUGUGCUCCUCCAACACACAGACACACACGAGCGCGCGCGCAAACACGUGGAGUUUUGUGGUUGACGAGAACAAAACUGGUUUAAAGCUGAAAUAUUCCCACACUUGGGCUGUUGCGUUCGGUUUAGACACCAAAGCUGUCGUAUUUAUUCUGUUGCUUGCUUUUCACUCACUACGCUCACUUGUAGCACUGUAUCCAAAAGUCUGUCUGUGUGCCUGUGCGCGCCUACGUGUACCUGUGCGCGCGCCCCCCCGUGACAAAGAUACUGAAUGACUGACAGGAGGGUUCACUAACUCCGUUCAUUCCGCUAUAGAGCCAGCGCCCCCAGGUGCCGAGAAAAAUGCGCAGAGUGAGACCUCUUCUCUCAUCCAGCGUGUUUGGUAGCGAGAGAGGAGGAAAAGAAACGCACGUUAAUUAUCGAGGCUGGCAAAAUGACCGACCUCGUUUUUAUUUACCGAGCGAUAAGGCGAUUUAUUGAUUAUCGCGACAGGCCUAACGACAACACAUAAAGGGAGAUUCAGAAUUAUGAAAGAACGACAUUAUCAUUUGUGCCUUACACAAUGAUUUGAACUAUUGACCCCACAAUCCUUCCCCUGCAAUUUACAAUGGCAAUACCACAUUUUGUCCAUAUCUGAAAGCUUGUAGAGGACCUGUGAAAUAGGAACAAAAUGAACAUGGAGUACAGAUGGAAGGCUCUGUCAGCCUCUUGUCUAAACUUAGUUCAAGGUUUAGCUCAAGCAGUGUAUUGUGAACAAAUGCAUUCAGCAUUGAGCUCAAUGGUCUCAAUAUACAAUAGGACAGAAUCACCAGCAUGAAAAUGAAACAACAUCUAGAACAUUUUGUCCUUGAUUAUCCACAUGAAUGGUGAACAAAAUAGACACAAUAUAGAGUCCUGUGGCACACCUCUGUGGAGAAACACAACAUAAAACUCAUCAUGCUUAAUGCACUGAGGAAAUAGUCUAUAAACCAGGCCACUGCUUCUUCUUUGAGUCUUAUGCUUGUAGAUCUGUGCCUUAAAAAAAUCACGGUCAACUUUGUCCAAAGCCUUAGACAAGUAAAGAAGGAAGUUCCUCUAUAAUCCUGGUCUGCGUAUGUUUGGACCGGUAAUGUAGGGUUUUUGCAUUUCCUUAAACAGAGGUUUGAACUUUCCCGCUUUGUUGGUUUUGUUUUCUGGUUUGCUCGAGUAGAUGAGGAGUCUGGCUUGUUUAACAUCCGUCUCCUGUGUUUCCUUCCUUCUUCAGGCUGAAGUUUAAGUUCCGCAGGGGCAGCCUUCCUCCCACGAUGCCUCUAGAGUUUGUCGGCUGCAUUGGCGGAUGUGACGAGACGCUCAGAGAGGUGCUGGACUUGAAAUACCUCAGAGCUGGAGCAGCUGGACCAGGAGAAGGUGGGAAUGGCAGAGGGAGCAUGGGAGGUGGAGGCGGUUCUGGAGGGAGAGGGGGCCAAGGAAGAGGAGACGACCACUUUCCUCCAUCUUCUUGGCCCCCCAGACCCAAACCACCCAGACCCUCAAACCCAAACCCUCGAACUUCCCUUCCAUCCAUCCCCUCCUGGACCCCGCAGCCGAGACAUCCACCAAGGGGUGGUAGUGGUGGUGGCGUUGGCACGGACACCAACAAUGAUGCCAUUAUGUGUAACUGUGGGCAGGAUGCUGUCCUCCUGACUGUGCGCAAAGACGGUCCCAACCAAGGCCGCCAGUUCUACAAGUGCAGCGCCGGCAGCUGCAACUUCUUCCUGUGGGCGGAUCAGCCGAGCGAGCAGGGGUCACCGCCGCAGAGCAGAGGGCCUCCACUGCACUUACCACAGCCACCGAGGCCUUCUUUGGGAUUCGGUAACAAUCACAGUCGAGGAGGAGGAAGAGGGCAGGAGGGAGAUGACGGAGGACAGACAAUGUGUAACUGCAACGAGACGGCGGUGACGCGCACAGUGCAGAAAGACGGACCGAAUAAAGGACGCAUGUUCCACACCUGCGGGAAACCGAGAGAUCAGCAGUGUGGUUUCUUCCAGUGGGCUGAUGAGAACGUACCACCACAAGGUAAGGCUCAAACACACACUCAUAUACACACACAAGCAUCGAAAAGUCCUGCUGCUGCGCUGCGAUUUGUCAGAGCAGAGGAGGAACAGCGAGAGGAAAUGUAACAAACUCUAAGACAAGAGUCAUUGAACUCUCCAUAACCAUGAGUGUCUGCUUCAAACCCACACAAGAAUCUGUUCUGAGCAGACCUGGAGUCUCUGCCAAGUCAUCAGUCGGCUAGAUCUGUGUUUUGAUCAGAGGAACGGUAUUAGCUGAUCUCUCGCUCCGCUUUACUUCACCAACAUAAGAGGUCUGAGCCCGCCUCUUACAGGGUUUAUUUUGACUUCACUCUCAUGGAGUUUCAGGUGGAGACUCAUCCAAUUAACAGUGUGGUUUACAUGUUAAGAUAAAAGUAGAAGAAGUGAAAAAAAGUUGUUGCUAUGUUGUAAUCAGGAGAAUUCAGCAGAGCAGAUUAGUCAGAAACGGAAUAUUACUUUAAUCCGUAUGUUUCUAUGAGUGUAUAUAAUCAUUUAAAAGAACUUCUCAGCAGCUCAGCUCACAAAGCUAUUUCUAAACACCUACAAAUAAUGUCCACAGACACUACAGGCAGUCUCGUUAGUGCGGACGCUGUCUGGCAACUUUGUGAAGGUGGUGAAAAAGUCAGUUUUGAGCUCUGUGCCUUUGCCUUAACUUCUGUGCACCCCUGCUGUAACUGCGAACUUAAAUUUCCUACCAUCAUUUCCUCUCAAUGAUAUCACAUUUUUCCCACCCUGAAUGAAUGCAUAUCAAAUCUAAAAGAGUUCCCAGCAGGUGUUAAAUAUAAUUAUUGUGGAAUAAAAGAGUUUAAUAUUGAGUCUGAAAUAGAUAUCUGUCAUGCUCUGGAAUCUAAAGCACAGACUGAUGAGUUGAUCUGUUUCAUGGAAAGAUAAAUCCAUCUAAAGCUGAAGCUGACUCUGAUGUUGAUGUUAAAUUGUAAUAUGCAUGGAAUAACAGAGUUGUACAUUUCCUUUUCAAUGAGAAUAUUAUCUUUUUUUUUUUUGUUUUAAUAAUUACAAACGGCUCUACAAAAUCUUUUUAACAUUGGCAUAAUAGAUUGACGACCAGCUGGUGAGAAAGUGAUAUCCCUGGACCACUACAUCUGAAUACUACGACAGAGAAUUGGGGCCAGAUUUUUUUUGUCAUGUUGUUAAAAGAAUAACUUCUUACUAAAAUAAUUUUCUCACCAUAAUGAAUUUGUUGUCAAAUCAAUUUCUUCUGAGAAUGAAGAUCCAAUAUUGACACAAACCUGUGCUUGACAAGUUUUUUACUCAGCUGAAAUGUCUUUUUCAGGCUUAAAAAAUACUGCCACACAGUCGACAUCACUCCUACUCCUUGCUACUUUGUUAGUACCUCAGUACACACUGUUGUUGUGAUUACCUAGGCUCUGCAUGCUGGAUCCAGGCGCUGCUAGAUACAGGUGCUGGAGUGGAGUCUGGAAUGGACUGCUUGUAACAGGGUGCUGAUAUCAGGGAUGUUCAAUGCAGGCCGAUAUAAUUCAGUAUUCUUUAUCAGACUGAUAUCCGAUAUCAACAUCAGAUGAAGACAUCCCUACUAAUCUUUGCUAUGUGAAAGAGGAAGUGGUAGACAAUAACUGCAUGUUUUAGAGCUUGAGUAGGUGGACAUUUGAACACUAUUUAUGCUUAACAUAAGCUGCAGUUUCUCACUCUUGAUGAAAAUGAAAAUUAAACCUUUUUCCUCUGAUAUGUUUCAACUUAAAGCAGCGACACAGAGUUUAAUAACAGCUACUUAUUCAUCCUGAGAUGGAAAUAAGAUCCUUAAAUACCACAGUAACACACGGCACUAUAGACACCUUUCAAAGGAUUCAUAUCCAUAUCUCAGAUAUUUUUGUUCCUGUCUCUCUCUGCUGACUUUGAAUCUGACUAAGACAAAAAAAACUUCUUCAGAUGUUUUUCAGUUUUGGUAUGUGGUAUAAUUUCAUCACCUCAUCUCUCUUUAAUGUUAAACUCCUCUGAAUAUUUUCUUGCGUCUCCAGCAGACUCACAUUAAAGGAAGAACAUCUGACAAAGCAUUAACACAAACAAUACAUUAGACAUCUGCAGAGUGUUUGAUAUGUUUUGAACUGUUAAACAGUGACUGCAUUAAACUGGCUGUCAAAUCAUUUACACCGGGAGGCUGGAACUAGCUCGGCUCUCUGUGUGAUUUCUAAAAACACAGUUUGUUUAUCAGAAACGUCUUUGCACGAAGAAACAGAACAGAAAGAUUCACACCCAGAUCAAACACCAGAGAAAGGGAGAGAGCGAGAGAGAGAGAGAGAGAGAGAGAAACUUUACUCCAUGAUAAAGAAAAAGCUGUCACGACUCACAAACACUCCCACUGAGACCUUGAGGCGUUCACUUACCGCACUGACACAGUCUAAACAGAAACAUUGUUUGUGUUUUUAAUGCAGUGACCUCUAAACCUCUCAUGCUCUUUGUGUCCACUCUGCUCUGGUCUUACAGGGGGGUUUGGUGGAUUUAAUGCUGGUGGAGACGGAGCGAGGAGAGGAAAGAAGAUAAUGGCAGACAAUACAGCCAGCAAACCUCCAGCUGCUAAGAAAGCUCGGACCUGCGGCAUCUGCAGCAUGCCGGGUCACACACGAGUCACCUGCCCUCAGCGGUGACAGCUGCUACCAGACACUGACCGGGUAAAAUCGAAGUUUUUAACUUGAGAGUGUGGAGUUCGAUCACAUAUAUAGUCUGUGGAAACGCAGACUGUCAGCACUUUCUCGUCAGAGCUGAUGUCUUCUUCUUCAGAGACCCUAAAUCCGAACUGUGAAGUUACGUUUUUAACAGUCUCCAGCAAACCAAAGCAGGAACAGUAUAAAUCCGAGCAGCCUUGAUUUUAAAAAAGAGGAAUGUAAUUGAAACUUUGUCAGAAGAAACAAGACUUUCACUUUCUGCCUUCAUUCAGCUCUGAACUCGAAGGGCUGCUGUGGAUCGAUCCAAGAGGAAGGGCUCUCUGUCCCACUGAAAGAAAAUUACAGGAUUAUCUAGGGGUCCUUUUAACUUGUAUAAAAUCUGUUUAUUUCUGAUUUCAAACCCAGAGGAAAACUGCAUGUUGGGAAAUAUGUAAGAUUGAUUCCACACUGUUGUCUUUUUUUUCAUCAAUUACAAGAUCUUCAGUUCGUUUAACUUGAUGAAAAGUCUUUAAACACUUGGAAACAGCUACAGAGUGAUUUCUAAAAUAAGACAAAUUCACCACAGUGUUGAACUUCAACCUUCUAUAAGUCCAUCAUGAUCCAUGAGAAAACAGGAGGCCUCUGAUUUUCCCUCAAAAAUUAAAACCGCAAAAAAUGUCUUACCUGAUUUAACUUGAUUUAAGCUCCAGUGGAGUUUUUUUGACAUCUGAUAAAUGGACCCAAAUUCAUAUUCAUGCAUUUUUAUGAUAUACAAAAGCACACAAGACCAUCAGCAAGGUAACAGAUGAUUUGUAUUUCAUUUUUAAUGCUUAAAACUGCUGUAAAGUAGGUGUCAGCCGAUUUCCACAUACGAUAUUCACAAUGAAUGAUACAUUUCAAUCUCAAAAGUCAGCAGAGAUUUUUGGUCAGCAGACACAAAUUGAGGAUGAGGAGGACAUGAUCAGCUAAGACUGUUUUGUCCACAGGGGGGCGCCAAAGUGGACACAACUGAAAGUUCCUCACAGGAGCUUCAAUAUGUUGAGACCGCUUGAGUCAGUAUGGCACAGGGAUAUAACUGGAUUAGCUAGAGUCAGUCAUUAUGACAUGAUAUGAAUAUUUGCGUUAUUUUCAAGUCACUUUAUUGGAUUUUUGGGACCAAACUGUGACUUUUCGGACCUGCUUCAUGGACAUAAUGACUGAGUUGAAGUCACACUGGAAUCACUACCCUGUGGAGUUCACUUACAGCUCAGGGGUGAGUUUGUGUAAAAAAAAUAUUUCUCAACAGUAGUCUCAUGCUGCUGUUAUUAAUGGCCAAAUAUAUCACUGAUUGAGAAUUUUCCUAAGAAACAUAUUCAAACACAGGCUGUAUGAGCUUCAUGCGGUUAAUCACCUGGUCUGACUCCUACCCCUCACCAGCAGUUUCAGACAUAAACAAUGACUAAAUGGAAACAGUCUUUUUUUUUUGGAUGGUCUUGUUUGCUUUUCUCUAUCACAAAGAGGCGUCAGUAUUGUUUCCACUCUUUCAGGACCAGAUAAAACGCCCCACACAGGUGCUUUAAGCACACUCACAAAGAUGUGGGACCUUUCCUUUAAAGGCCAGUAUUCCUGUAGACUUACUUACUUUGUGCUUCAGGGCAGCACUUCUUCUCUUUUCUCAGGACUCACCAACACCUUAAUGAUAGUCAUGACCCAGGUCUAACUUGAUGAAUGGUGGAUGAAUAACAGGCAAAUGGGCUACUUUACGACUACUACUGCAAGAGUACAGUGUCAUAGAAAAUGUAUGUCCUUUAAAAUAAAGGUGCAGCAAAGACUGUUACCACAGCGUCUCUUCAGGCACACAUCUGGACCCAAUUUUUGGAAAACCAACUAUUUGAGAAAGGUGUAGUUUGGACUUUAAAGGGAGUGUGGUUUGAGAACUAAUGUAUGGGGAAAGUGUAACCCACAGUAAGUGGCAGUUACUGUUAGAAGAAAACAUCUCCAGCUUAGACAUGAAGCUCGGAUAGUCACCGCUCUGGAGGGGGACUUAGCAAAAAUGUCUCCACUUAAAAAACCUACACAAGGAAAUUCUGUCAAUUUUACAACAUAUUUGAAAAUUCCGAACAUCUCAUCUUUGUGUCAGACAACCUUUCCCUUUGAGACAACACCACUUCCUCAUAACUUUAAGACACCUGUGCAGUCUAAUGCCCUCAAAACUGCAGCUCCAUCAUCAAACCUACUUGAAGGAAGCUUCUGCUUUCUCAGUUUUUAUUGACAGGCUCAGACAGGGAAAACUUGUUCUGGUGGCUGUUGGACUUGUAGUGGGUGUGCUGGAGUGCAGUAAACUGAAAGGACUUCCUCAUAUCUAAUAAAUAAUAUCUUUAUAAAGGAGAGUUUGUGGUUGCAUUAGAUCGUACUGGUGAUACUCUAACUGAACAACAUUUCUGCACACACAAUGUAGAGUCCAGGUCAGCACUACUUUAACAGCCCACAGUGAUACCAGCUGUACGGAAGAGCAUUGGGGCCUGAACUUGGUCUGAACAUUUUUAAAACUCUGAUUCCUGAUUUUAUUUUUCACAGAUUUUGGACUUCUAACUCAAAGUUCUGACUUUCCUCGCAGAAAUCUGAGACUAAAGUUCACAUGUAAACUUUUUCUCUCAGAUUUCUUGCAACUUUGUUUAAAGUUAAAAUCCUGACUUUAUACUCAGAAUUCUAAGGAAAAAAAAGUCAAACCCCAGUUUUUUUCUUCAGUGGUCUUGAUCGUCUUUUGUAAAGAUAAAACAGACCUUUUGUAUCUUUGUUUAUAGUAUGAGAAAGACAUUCUUCAAUUAACCAAUCUGUGUUUAAUUAACAAAAAAAGUUUGCACAGUUUGUUGAUAAUUGAUGGAGUGCUGAAAAAAAGCUUAAUUGUUUUUUUUUUUUCAUUCAUUUCCUCUCAGUUUCUUUAACAGCAGUCAGGUGUGAUUUGUCUACAAAAUUAUAAUCUGGAAAGAUCUACCAAGUGUAAUAAUAAAUGUGCAAAAACAGGAAACUAGUAGGCGUCUCUACAUGUAAGAAAUAUCAGUGUUGGUUGAUAAUUUGAUUUUAUCAUUGCUGAAAGCUAAUAAAACAUAAAUAUGCUGUAGCCCUCUGUUUUCUUCUUGUUCAGCUUUUAUUUGUUUUUGUUGAGCUUUUAUUUUCACUUUUACUUUUUUGUGUUUUGUUUCUCUUUUGGUUCCAAUGGUUUUGGUUUCAUUUUGACUGAAUUCAGUGAAAAGAUUUAUCCGUCUGUUUACAGUCAAGAUAUCCUGCAGCUGAAAAGUUCAAAUCUUUUUAUGCUGACUAAAGCCCUCUAUGAAAGUUACAUGUUUUUGUUUUUGUUGUUAUAGCUGCAAGACUGAUGCGUAAGCAGGGUUUAAGCGCACUUUUUGAUCAAAUUCAUACCGAUUUAGUUAAAGCCCCUGUGGGGAACUUUCAGUUUGUGUCAAUUUUGGCACACUCUGUGGACAAAGCAAUCUUUGCUGAUCUUGUCAUCUACAAUCACUGUCAUCCUGCAGACUUUUGACAGUCAAAUGUAUCAUUUACUGAGGUGGAAACUGUUAAAACUGAGCUGUUCCUCUAGCUGCUUCCGCAUCUGCAAUGCAAAAUGAUUAAUAUGAUGAUUAUUACUUCGAGGAAAUGAUAAAGAAAUGAUCAUAAAUGUUCUUCCUUCAGCUGCGUCACCCCGCAGCAGUCCAUAAUGAACUGGCCUGGGGUCUCGCUACAAACAAGCGGCUGCUGGAAGAGAGUAGGUGAGUUGUGUUUAGUCUCUUUGUGAAAGAAAUUAGGCAAAGCUAAAAAGAUGUUUGGUGGCUAGAACCCUAUAUGUACUGUUGAUGAAGUUAGGUGCUGUUCUGAGCAUUAUUUGUGGCUAUAGAGUGGCGUUUUGGUUGAAGUUUGUUGAUGGCUCCUCAGACCGCUGUGUAUUGCUACUGUGCGGUCGUUACUAAAGUUGGUAAAACUAGAGAAGCAAGCAGUCGGCAACAUUCAUCUCUCGAGGGGGUGUCUAACUCGGUGUUACAGUGUGUUUGACCCUAAAUUAAUUUUACACCGGAAUAUCCCUUUAAAAAUGUUUAAGUGUGCACAAUCUCUGGUAUGAAUCUGAACUGAGUUUCACUUUUCCUUAGCUCUAACUCAAACCGCAGAUUGUCUCAAAGCAUUUUUUUUUUUUUGUUAUCCGAGCUGAACCAUCACUUCUCACAGCUGCUCUGGUCUCUCUAGCAAUGUUCCUGCAGAGACACACACACAACAAAGAUAGAGUUUGCAAACUGGGGUUCAUAGUUCAGUGAAAAGGAAGGGUUUUCCCAAUUAAAUCUCAUGCUGGUCAGAUACAGUUCAGACAUACACUGUGAAAUAUAGUAGAGAGUACAUGUAUAGAUAGGUGGGAAUAUUUGAGAGAUUUUCACUACUGCUGAUCUGUAGUCUUUUAUGAGCAGAAAUAUGAAUGUGAAGUUGUAAUCCCUCUCUCUUUUUAUUAACUGUUUUUUUCAUAUUUUCAGAUAAGGAGCCUUCCCUCAGAGAAAGUUAGCAGCAGCCUUGUGUUUCACUGCAGGGUUUCAGGGUUUCAUGGUUUCGUUUUCACUGAGGCGCUUUAGACUGAAACAGGCGAGACAAAUUGAGCAGAGCCCUUCAGGGAUUAAAAAGAAAACGGGACAAGGGAAAAUAAAUCAGAAAGGCAUGGAUUCCCGGCAGGAGGCUAUAAGUUAUCCGUGUGUGUGUGUGUGUGUGUGUGUGUGUGUGUGUGUGUGUGUGUGUGUGUGUGUGUGUGUGUGUGUGUGUGCUGAUAUUCCAGAGAAGUAGCGGACUUACCGUCACGUUUGGUGAGUCAUGCGUGAGUCAUAACAUGUGGGUGGGAAUGAGCGGAGCGCUGCUGUGUUGUUGUUGCUCCUCACUCCGCUACAGCAGGAGUAUCCGGGCAGAUAACGAGUCAUGUGAUUACUUUUUUUCUUCACAGGCUUGCACCGUUAACUUCCUCCUUACGGGAAACGCGCUCAAUUACCCCCGUGGUACAUUGAAAACAGACAGGCUUCCGUAACUCUGUUCCCUGCAGGGUCACUAUAGGAGGACCGUGACGGUUAUUACCAUCAUAGAGCUGCAUGAGGUCAACCCAGGUACCUGUGGAAAUUUACCGGAGCUCUUUUAACAUCAUCAGACAAAGUCAGCACUGAACACAGCAGCCUCUGUUCACAGAGAUCCAUCAGUGAACAAUGUGAACUCUGCAGCGUGGGUGUUAAAUAUUAAAUCCACAGGUACCGGUGCAUCAAAACUUGUGUACUUACCCUUUAAAGUCAGCAUCAUAAAGAGGGUCCAGAGCAUUAUAAAAGAUAAAGGAGCCACAAAUGAUUAACAGACACUUUCUAAAAUGUAGAAGGACAUAUGAUAAACAACUCAUGAUGAUUUUGCAUAUCUGUUUUUGCGCAUUACGGACAACUUAGUCAGAAAUUCCAAGAUGCCUCAUCUGGAAUUCCCCGAGAAGUUCGAACUCUGGGAACCUUAAGUAACCCCAGCCUGAAAUCCACUGGUCCCAUCAAAAUAGCUGUACUUCUUAAAGUAGUCAUAGGCAACUGUGAGGUAAUGAACAUACAACUUUCUGACUUAAAGCUCCUGUGAGGAUUUUUCUAACGUUAAUGAAAUAGACUGGAAUUCAUCUUAAAAUCUUUUCAUGACACAAAAGAGCAAACAAAACUAUUAGCAACAAGACUGACUUCCUUAAAAUCGUAAUUUUUUCCUGCCUAAAACAGGUGUAAGAUGGUAUGUGUCAAUAUUCACAAUAAAUGAUCCAUUUGAUUGUCAAAAUCAGCAGGAUGACAAUUUUCUUUUUGUCAGAAGACUCGACUUUAACAAGACAAGAUAAGCAAAGACUGCUUUAUGGGGGGGGGGGGGGGGGUCUAUUUGAUGAUACAGUCUAUUUGAAUAUGGAGAUAUUGCGUUCCAGUUACCUUGGAAGUCAGAGCUGGGAAUGACGCUACACCCAAGUUUAUAGCGUUCCAGUUGGAAAACCAAGAUAGACGCCUACAAUUACCUGUCGUUAGCUGUUGUUUACAAUUGUCAGCAGUUGUUAGCCGUUGUCAGCGGUUGUUAGUUGUUGUUAGCAAUACCAGUUGUAAACAACACACAACAUUGUAUUUUACUCUACAAACACCAAAGCACCGUGUUCAGAGUUAGACGUUAGGCAGAACAACAUAUACCACUUACUUAAUUUCACAAAAACAAAACAGAAAUGCUAAUAAAUAAUCCACUGUGAGAGCUUUCACUGUCACUCUAUACUGUUAAUGCACUCACUGUCAUCUUGAUUUAUGACGUUGUCAAGUCGGGGUUGGCGAGGAUCAUCCGACUUUCCGGAUCGGAAACUCCAGAUGUAUUUCUGACUCAGAGCCCGGAAAUCCCGACUUCUGAGUACAACUGGAACGCAGUAUUAAUCCAAAGUCUGAUAUCCAAUCUUGAGGCUCAAUAGAUGGCUCUGUAUCAUCUGGUCACUGCAGAGGUCCUCAAAGCUACUGUAAGAAACUUUGUGUUUGUGUUGACUCCAGCGCCCCCUGUGGAUUAAGUGAGACCUGUCCGUUAUUUGUUAAUUUUGUCUCGUACAUGUGAAUUAAUGUUUUUAGAUAAGAAGAUCUCACCCUCCUUUCUUUUCGAGGUGAGAUGUAUCAUCCACUCUGAUUAUUUAUUCCACUCUGUAGAUCAUAAAAAAAGCAUCACUAUUCAUUUCAGUUUAUUGCAAAACCUGUCAAAAACUCCUCUCAGGAGCUUUAAAUUCCUGUAGGAAUAAACUUAAAGGGGCACUCCACCAAUUUCUUACAUGCAGUUCAGUUUACUUUUCACUGCUAUAUUCUAUAAAUAAUAGAUAGAGCUUCUAUGACAUCAGCAUCUUGCAGCUGUUGGAGCCUUUUCAUACGCUCUGAGGAUUUUUCUUAGCUUCAUGACAUUUAGGAAUAUAGACCAAACUUUUCUUUUCUUUUCUUUUUUCUUUUGCUUGGUUUUCCUCAUGCUUUUUGACCCACAACAAUGAAUCUCAAGAUGUGGGCUCCAGGUGUGAAGACUAUAUAUAUGGACCAUCAAGGUCAAUGUCCCAACUUCACCAUAACAUGGCAUUUGCAAGAGAUCCUAUCACAAACCCUAUUCUAACUUUAUUGAAGUGACUAUUUUUGUGCCGUUAUAACUCAUUCCUGCAAAAUUCUCCUAAAAAUACUGAUACGCUUGUGUUUGCUUCCUAAUGUUGAUGAUUCUGCUUUUAUAAAAGUUUUACUAAGUCAUUUCCUGUUGAAGUUUGGACUGUUGUCUGACAGUUUUGACCAAAACAUGAGCUCUCCGACAAUGUCUGGGUGUGUUUGAGUCACUAUUUCUUGAUUUUGUUUUAAAUGAAACAACCCUUUAUUAAAUAAUGGAGGACGGAAACAAUCUUUGACACCUCGAGUUACACGCACUAAGCAUUCAGAGCUCAACGGUCACUUUGGGGUCAAAUGAGGUGGAUCACCUUUUUGCCCCAAGCUGUUCACGAACUCUUUCUGCUGCUUCAUCAUCCUCAUCAGCCAGCUUUUCAGCCGUCUCCUAAGAAACAGUUGCCAUGACACCCAUUGCCCGUAAGUGAUGCAAGUGUUCCAGGUGCAGAGAGACUGUUGGACAAUGUGUGGAGUGUGUGUGUGUGUGGUAACAAAGAGUUGUACUAUAGAUUUGUACUCAUACAGUCUCAGUAAAAUGAAGGACUUUGGUUGCAGCAUUUUUUCCCCGGUGGUGCAUUUUCUCUCUGUGAGCUGUUCUUGCUGAUGGGUGAGAAAAGUUGGCCGAACAUUCAGGUAAAAAGUUGGACAGGUGUGUAUGAUGAGUGGCCUUGAUCAUAGAAAGAAAGAUAUAAAAAAAAUCAGAGUUUGCUGCAACAUGUCAAAGUCAUUACCCCCCUGAGGUCUGAGUGAUACCCCAGCGUGUAUCCUCCUCUCAUCUCCUCCUCUCUGCAGAUAUGAUGCUUUGUGGUUUAGUUGUUAAGACUUCAGCUGUUAAGUUCCAGAUUUGGCUUAAACAGGACUGCAGGCUGGACAUUUCCACUAGAGAGUGAAGCAGGACCUUAAUUUCCAUUGCAGAUUCUGAUCCGUCCUUCCUUUUCUUGUGUUACAUAAAAAUCUAUGAGCUCACACUCGCACUCAGGCUGGAGUUUUAACUGCGCUAACUCAUUCAACUGUUUUCCACUAGUGGGGAAAAAAGAAAGCUGAAAAUCCAUCAAAUUAUCUGACUUACUUGCUGGUCUUUGUGUUUAUAUCUUAAAUGAAUAGUUAGACAUUUUGGGGACAUGAACUUUUUGUUCUC